AUGUUGUAUAUUCCCUUGCAGAAGUUUGUCCCUGUUGCAGUUUUGGUUGCCCUUCUCUUCUUCUUCAGUGUCUCCUCUUCUCUCCGGAUAGUAACCGUCUCUGGGUUUUUGCACUGCGAGACUUGUGUCGCCAAUGGUAAUUUAAGGCCUCGUUGUACCCAAAUCCGGCCCUUAAAUCCCAUUUUGCAGGUGAAGGGAUUGCCGUUCAAUCGGUACUCUUGGCUCACUACACGCACAAUGCCUUUGCGAGGAUGGAAUGGAGUUAGAGGUUUGAUGCUUGAUAUGUAUGACUUCCUCAAUGGCAUAUGGUUUGUCACUCUUUUGGAGGUCAAUACUUCAACUUUACAGCUUUCUCCUGAACUAGUUGAUUGCCUAUUAUGUAUGCCAGCAAGUCAGCAACCUGCCAUUAAUGUUCUGAGAGAGAUUCAACAAUUUCUUGAAGCAAACCCUACUGAAAUUGUCACUAUUAUCAUUGAAGACUAUGUCUCGUCUCCAGUCCCCAUCGUUAGAGUUUGCCAAUUCCCUUUAGAAGAGACUGAUCAAAGUGUUUGA